CGCUUGACCCAUUUCUUUCCAUCCUUUUCCCUCUCAUCCCAUUUCAAAACUUCCAGAUCCACCUAGGGUUUGCGCCUCCUCCCUCCGCCCCCCAUCGCACAGGCCGCAUCGAGAGAGGACGACGCCGAACUCGGACCGUCGGAAGCGCCAUGGAGAAGUACGAGAAGCUGGAGAAGGUCGGGGAGGGCACCUACGGCAAGGUGUAUAAGGCGAUGGACAAGGCGACGGGCCAGGUGGUGGCGCUCAAGAAGACCCGCCUGGAGAUGGACGACGAAGGGAUCCCGCCCACCGCGCUCCGUGAGAUCUCCCUCCUCCGCCUCCUCUCCAGCUCCCUCUACGUCGUCCGCCUCCUCGCCGUCGAGCAGACUACCAAGGGCGGCGGCGCCGGCGGUGGAGGGAAGCCCGUCCUCUACCUCGUCUUCGAGUUCCUUGACACUGACCUCAAGAAGUUCGUCGACGCCUACCGCCGUGGGCCCGCCCCUAAGCCACUCCCAACACAUGUCGUCAAGAGCUUUUUGUAUCAGUUAUGCAAAGGAAUUGCACACUGCCAUGGACAUGGUGUCCUUCAUCGGGAUUUAAAGCCCCAAAAUCUGUUGGUUGACAAGGAGAAGAUGAUACUGAAAAUUGCAGAUCUUGGGUUAAGUAGAGCUUUUACUGUUCCUAUGAAAAGCUACACCCAUGAAAUCGUAACACUUUGGUACAGAGCUCCUGAAGUACUGCUUGGAGCAACACAUUACUCAACUGGUGUUGAUAUUUGGUCCAUUGGAUGCAUCUUUGCCGAGAUGGUCAGAAAACAGGCUCUUUUCCCUGGUGACUCUGAGUUACAGCAACUGCUUCACAUUUUCAGGCUGAUGGGAACUCCUACCGAGGAGGAUUGGCCUGGAGUAACUGCUCUGAGGGACUGGCACGAGUUUCCUCAGUGGAAAGCACAAAGAAUGACGCGUGCAGUCCCAACACUGGAAACAGAAGGAAUUGACCUGCUAUCGAAAAUGCUCCAGUUUGACCCGGCGAACAGGAUCUCAGCCAAAGCCGCGCUAGAGCAUCCCUACUUCAACAGCCUCGACAAGUCUCAGUUCUAGCUGUUGUAGCUACCGUGUGAUUUCUCUCAACUUGGUGUGUGUGCACUGCUCACCAACUUCCUCCGCCGUAAGAUCGAUGCUGAAAACGCACCAACCCAUGUUUCUUGAACCUACACCCAGCAACCCCGUGUUGCUAGUAGUUGGCUCCCAUGACCAUGUGAACCCCAUGUCCUAAACCUCCAGCAGGUGAUUUGUCUUGAGAAGUAUCGGCUGAAGAUGCUUGUUCUUCAGAUCAUGUAGAAGAUUUUUUAUUUGCUCUGUACGGAAUUGUUUGAUGAGAUGGAUUUGCGGACUUGUUUGUAUAGUAUAAUAAGGUACUCCUACUAGUAUUUGUCAAGAAAAUGUUGCUUCGACGAGUGAA